UUUAUUAGUUUCCAACAGAAUCUUAUUAAACUUCGCAUACUUACGGGCGGUGAGGCUUAUUUUUUGUUUGAAUGAAAAAAUCGGAAAAGCGCGACGUGACACCGGUGAAAAAGGUCAUUGAACUUUUCAUGCAACAUACAUGGAAUGCCUUUCAUCUUCGUGGCGCGAUGAUUGCUGGGAGUAGUAGUAUAUCAACCAAUCAGAAGGCAGCUGCAUACAUUCGCGCCAAAAUGUGCUGUAUUCCGCCAUUGUAGAUUUUCGCAAAAUUUGCUUCACGAAGCCUUGAAAGAAGAGGAAAAUCAUGUACAUUAAACAGGUUAUCAUUCAAGGCUUCAGAAGCUAUCGAGAUCAAACAAUCAUUGAACCAUUCAGCCCAAAACAUAAUAUCAUCGUUGGCAGGAAUGGGUCUGGAAAAAGUAAUUUCUUUUUCGCCAUUCAGUUUGUUCUCAGUGCUGAUGAAUUCAGUAACCUGCGACAGGAGGAACGGCAGGCACUUCUUCAUGAGGGUACUGGACCACGUGUCCUGUCAGCUUAUGUGGAACUCAUCUUUGACAACACAGAUAACAGGAUUCCAAUUGAGAAAGAUGAAGUUUCCUUGAGACGAGUGAUUGGUUCCAAGAAAGACCAAUAUUUUCUGGAUAAAAAGAAUGUAACCAAAAAUGAUGUCAUGAAUCUCUUGGAGAGCGCUGGUUUUUCUCGCAGCAACCCAUACUAUAUUGUGAAGCAAGGCAGGAUUAAUCAGCUAGCUGUAGCAAAAGAUCAUGAAAGACUGAAGUUGUUGCGAGAAGUUGCUGGCACAAGAGUGUAUGAUGAAAGGAAGGAAGAAAGCAAGAGUAUUCUCAAAGACACAGAGGGGAAAAAAGAAAAGAUAGAUGAGUUACUGAAGGACAUAGAUGAACGCUUAGAGACACUUGAUGAAGAGAAAGAAGAAUUAAAGGAAUACCAGAAGUGGGACAAAGAACGAAGGUGCCUGGAGUACACCAUUCAUGAUAAAGAGAUGAGGGAAACAAGGGAAAAACUAGAUGCGUUGGAAAAUUCCAGACAACAGGAAACAGAUAAAGCAAGCACACUACAGAAGGAAAUCAAAGAUGCCAGUAACAAAGUCCAGUCUCUGUCCCAGAGCUUACGUGAAGUGAUGGAUCGCAUGACAGCUGCAAGCUCUGAAAGACAACAACUUGAUGAAGAGUGCCAGGACCACAUAAAACAACGAACAAAACUGGAACUCGAUAUCAAGGACCUGGAGAGGAAUGUCCGAGAGGACAGUACACUCAAGGUACAACACAGAGAACAGCUGAUGCGGUUGGAAGAAACCAUUCAAUCCAAAGAGGAAGAACUGGGUGAACUGUUACCCACUUACAAUCAUCUUAAAACUGAAGAAACUGAGUGCUCAGCAAGGAUGAAAGUGUGUGAGAGGAGACGUACAGAGCUGUAUGCUAAACAGGGCCGUAAAAAUCAGUUCACAACAGCAGAAGCCAGAGACAGGUGGAUCACAGAGGAGAAAAGCUCCCUCUCAGAAUCAAUAGCAAACAAAGAGUCACAAAUUCUGGGUAUCAGAGCUGAGGUUGACAAACUAAGGACUGCCGUACAGGAGCUGACUGUUGAAAUACAGGAAAGAACAGACAAUGUGGACAAGAGAAGGCAAGAUAUUGAAAAGGCAAACAAGAAACAUGCAGAAUUGAAAAAGCGGAGAGAUAAUACUACCAACAGAAGAAAAGAGUUAUGGCGAGAAGAGGCAACAAUAGAACAGAGCAUGCAGAACACUAGAGAAGAGCUGAGUAAAACAGAGAGGAACCUAAGGAGCACUGUUAGCAAGCAUGUCAGUAAUGGUAUUGACACAGUUAAAAAGAUUGUUCAAGAGAGAGGCAUUGAUGGUGUUCAUGGACCACUUAUGGAGAACUUUCAGUGUGAUAAACAGUUUUUUACUGCAGUUGAGGUCACAGCGGGAAACAAGCUUUUUCACAUUGUAGUGGAUUCUGAUAAAACUGCGACACAAAUCUUGUCCAUCAUGAAUAAACAUAAACUACCAGGGGAAGCAUCAUUUAUGCCACUAAACACACUACUGAGCAGGGAACAAGAGCACCCCACCUCUCCAGAUGCCCUUCCAAUGAUAAACAAAUUGAGGUUUGACGAGGCAUUUAGACCUGCCAUGCAGUAUGUAUUUGGUAAAACUCUCAUUUGCCGCAACCUUGAUGUCGCCUCGCAGUUUUCCAAAAGUGAAAAUCUUGAUUGCAUUACGUUAGAAGGGGACCAAGUUAGUCGGAGAGGUGCGCUCACCGGUGGUUACUAUGGAAACAGAAGGUCUCGCCUGGAGUUACAGGAUAGCAUUUGGAAAUUACAGGAAAAAGUGGAAGGAGAAGAAACAGAGAGAGAUAAACUUAAGGGAGAAUUAGAGAAACUUGAUUCUGAAGUAACAGUUGUGUUGGGAGAAUUACAGAAGGUGGAAACACAACAAGUACAGCUAAGGGAAACAUACGAGAAACAGAAAAUUGAUGUGAAGGCCAAAACGCAGGAAAAGAAAACAGCUGAACGAACGUUGGAGUCAAAAGAACAAGGACUGUCACAUUUUGAGGUGGAUUUAAAGUCCAUGCGUAGCACCAUGAAAGCUUUAGAGGAGGAACUCGGUACUGCUUUGGUUUCUCAACUUAAUGCAGAAGAUCAACAAGAGGUAUGGCCUGCGCAUAAGAUGGUGAAGUCUAACAAUUGCCUGAUGACAAUUGUUAAUGGACCGGAUUCCAGCGAUAUGAGGUAUGUGACAGAACAUUAUGAGAAUGGACGACUGGCGGACGGCUUCUCUUGGAGAAAGACAAUUAAGCCAGGCGACGAAAGGGUUGUUCUCAGCUAUGAAAAAGAUUGGUCAUGGGCAGGAUGUUCAGGAUACGUAACCUACAGGAUGUUCGACACCAACAUCACCAUUGCCUUCUCCAAUCCAUUUAUGGCAACCAACAAGCUAGGAGUCGGGACCGGCGGCAGGAAAGUGUGGGAGGAGAUGAGUAGCCAUGAUUACAACGAGUUUCUCGUUGAUGUAACUGCCAACGAUGACAAGAAAACGAGGAUAAGUAUAACAGAGCUAUGUUUCCAACAGGCUUUAGAAGAAAUUUCACUUGAGGACCGCAAUCUACAACUGGAGACACUUAAGGGUGACUUACACACAGUUAUAGAGGCUAUAUCUCAAAGUUCAGCUAAACAAAAAGAACUUGAAGGAGAAGUGAAAACUUUGACCAAGAACAAGUCGGAGCUACAGACAUCGUUGGAUGAGUGGAAGAACAUCGAGAAGCUAAAAAGAGAUGCCAUUGACGACGAUGCCAAACACAUGGAGAAAAUAGCUCACAAGAGGAGUCUACUUAUGAAAAAAAAAGAAGAAUGUACCAAGAAGAUCCGUGAGUUAGGCUCCCUUCCUGCUGAUGCAUUUGAGAAGCAUCAAAAAGCUCCUGUCAAGACGCUGUGGAAGAAGUUGCACCAUUGUAAUGAAGAGCUCAAGAAAUACAGUCAUGUGAAUAAGAAGGCGCUGGACCAGUUUGUAAACUUCUCUGAACAGAAAGAAAAACUAAUGAAAAGGAAAGAGGAACUCGACAAAGGAUACCAGUCAAUCGUGGACUUGAUGGAUGUCCUUGAGCUCCGAAAGCAUGAGGCGAUUCUGUUCACAUUCAAACAGAUGUCUCACAACUUCAGUGAGGUUUUCAAACAGCUCGUUCCUCAUGGGAAAGCCACUUUGGUAAUGAAAACAGAUCCAGUGGAACAAGCGGAAGAGGAAGAAGACAGCGAGGCAUCUCAGUCGCAGUCCCAGCGGUCUGUACCUCUUGUGGAUCAGUUCACUGGAAUAAGUAUCAAGGUUUCUUUUACUGGGAAGUCCGCUGAGACUCGUGAGAUGAACCAGUUAUCAGGAGGACAGAAGUCUUUAGUAGCUCUGGCUUUGAUAUUCGCCAUUCAGAAGUGUGACCCGGCGCCUUUCUAUUUGUUUGAUGAGAUUGAUCAAGCGUUGGAUCCUCAGUUCAGGAAAGCUGUCGCAGAAAUGCUUCGUAAGUUGGCUGAAAAAGCUCAGUUUAUCACCACAACCUUCAGACCCGAGCUAUUAGAGUCCGCCGAUAAGUUUUACGGCGUAAAAUUCCGAAACAAAGUCAGUCAUAUCGAUGCAAUAACCGCUGAACAGGCCAAAGACUUCAUCGAAGACGACGCUCAGGAGAAAUAGGCACAGUUCAGUGACGCUUACUUCAAAGAAGAACUUGGCGUGAAGACGCAUUUGAUUCGUUACUUUGGCCUUUGCCAUGGUCAUACAUUUCGACGUCAUACAUGUACACACGAAAAGUACUUUCAUCCUCUGGAUUAUAUAUAGGAUUUGUGAACAGUCUAUAUAUGAUUGUCCGAGAGUUUAGUGUCCCUUAGCGGUGUUGUUGAGAACAAACAGCACCAUUUAGAUUUUAUCAGAGUUAUACGUUAUAGUGCAAUGUUAUUAUUCACCUUUGUCAAUAAAAGUGACAUUGUAUUC